AUGCGCAAGAUCGCUUAUGACUGGAGGGCGUUGGCUCCUUUCCUCUCUGCUCUCCUGGCGUCGCAUUCCAUUGAUUCUCUGAAGGCUCUUAACACCAUCAACCAGCUCUUCAUCUCGUUUGUCUCUCGCUUCGCUGGGGUGAACCCAAUCCGGCCCCGCCGGGUGCCUGCUACGGGAGAGGAGCAAGGUCAAGAGGAGAGUGUGUGGGAGAGCGGGUGGGAGUCUAGUGGUGGUGAUGGUGACGUGGCCUCCCAAGCACAGGGAGCUCUCGCGCUCCUCUGGACCAUCGCUGCUGCUGCUGCUGCUGCUGCUGCUAGUGGUGGUGCGAGUGCAGUAACUGCUGCUGCUGCUGAUAGUGGUGCAAUGGCUUCUGCAGCCACGCAUUGGAGGUACUCUCUCAUGGCCAAUGCAUUGCUCGCCCUCCUCUCCUCCUCCGUCACCUCCACCUCACCUCCUUCUCCUUUCGCUCCUCCUCUUCCUUUUGCUGCCGCAUCCUCUUCUAUCACUCAACAACAGCAGACCCCAUACCUACCACUGCACUACCUGAACCUCCUUGCAGGCCCUCUCCCCCUCCUCCGCCCUCUCGCCACAACUGCACUCCUCCUCCUCCUCCCCCCUUCACUCCAGCGCCCCCUCCUCCCCUCCUCUCCUCCAUCCGCCACACCUUCUACUGCUGAUCUCCCCCUCCUCUCGCCUCCACUCACUCCUCCUCUCCCCCUCUCGCUCCUCACAUCCCCCUCCUUCCUCUCCGCCCUCACCUCACAUCUCUCACUCGACCAUCAAUCCGGAGACCUCCCCACAGGAGCAAACGGGCGGGGGAGGGGCAGGGGCGGGGGGGGAAGGCUAGCAGGUCUAUUCGGCGGAGGGGGAGGGGGGAAUGGGGCGGGCGGAAGCGACAAUCCCGGAGCUACACGGCUCGUGCGGGAGAAGCUUCUGAAGAAGCUUCCAGGAAAUGCGUCCUCGGGUCAGCAGGCAAAACGGCUUAUGCUCCUGGCGGUUGCCGUAGGGGAGAUGGGGCAAGGGGAGGGAAGGGCUGAGAGAAUGGAGCAACAGGAGGAGGAGGAGGAUGAGGAGGAAAUUAGAUUCCUUGUGAGACUGGCAGAGGAAGCAAAGGUGCUGAUGGCUCAUAGUGCGAGGCAGGUUCGUCAGCUUCUGGGGGAGGUGUUAUCUGCGCUUCUGGCUACACUCGGCACCAGAUUCUCUUCCUCUUCCGCUUCCGCUUCUUCCCCCUCCCCUUCUGCUGCUGCUGCUGCCAGCCUGUCGAAUCAUAUCUUGGCAGAAGCUGCCAAAUGUGCUACAGUGAUCAAGUCCAUGGGAAGCAGUACCGAGCAGCAGAAAGAGACAAAGGAGGGUGGUGCGAAGAAGCAAGAGGAGGAGAUGGCAGGAGUGCAAGGGAAGGAGGCAGGGGAUGAGGGGAGCAGUGAAGCCGGGAGGGAGGGAUCUGAGGAGGACAGGAGCGUGUGGACGAUGGAAUCUGUUCUCUACUUCCUCAUGUCUGCUGUCAAGUCUGGGGACGCCCCUCCAUUCCUCCCAACCCUCGUCUCCCUGCUGCCACCUCUGCUCUCCAUUCAGGAAACCCCCAACACGGAUCUCUCACUCCUCGCCAAGCAAUGCCUCGCAUACACCAAGUACCUUCCCCUUCCUGCAACCGCCGUGCCAGCAGCGGCAGCAGCUGUGCUGGCAGCAGCACAGUCGGGCAACUGGAAGGAAAGGGCUGCUGCUCUCUCGUUCUGCCAGUCCUUUGUCUUUCGCAAUGGCUUCCUGCUCUCACCCGCCGACCUCUCGUUUCUUCGUCAAGCAGUCAUUACCUGUCUGCAAGACCCACAGCCAGAGCUGCGUGACAUGGCAUCUGCCACGCUGGCAGGCCUUUUCAAGGCAGCGCCUCAGGGUGACACGUGGCCAGCUGCCAUUCGCCAGAGCUUCAUCCAAUCAGCUGCAUCCACGCUCAAGGCCUCGAGAGCCUCCCGCAGACGGGCCAAUGGGGGAAAGCCGUCAGAUGCUGAGUCAGCAGCCAAAGCAGCAGCACGGACGGUCAAGAUGCAUGGAUCGGCGCUAGGGCUUGCUGCUGCCGUGCGAUCAGCACCGUACGAUGUUCCCCUGUGGUUACCAGACGUGCUGCUGUCGCUCGCCAGCCUGGCAGGAGAGCCUGCCCCAGUUGGGCCUGCGGUGGGGAAGGCACUGGGGGACUUCAAGCGCACACAUGCUGACAGCUGGCACAUUCAUAAAGAGGCGUUCAGUGCGGAGCAGCUGGAGGUUAUCAAUGACCUAUCUUCAACUGUGGGUUAUUUUGUGUAG